CACACAUGCACACUGUGGGCCUUUUAAAGAAGAAGAAAAAAGCUGCAGAAUUAAGAGCAUCUUCCUCACACUGACAUUACUCAUCAUCCGACAGAGAGCAGAGGGGGAGAGAGGCUGGAUCCUGAAUGUAUUGAAUGCACAGCGCCGCUGACAUCGUGACAACACCAGCUCUGUCUGUGGAUCUGUGCAACUCGCUCUCCUGAUUGUGUAAUAUCUUUUCUCUCUCUCUCUCUCCCUCUCUCUUCCUUCCUGCAAGCGGCCGAACCUGCAUCCGAGAGGAGAGACAGAAGAAGAAGAAAAGGAGGAGGAGGAGGGGAAAAACAGACAGAGGGGGAUUGCAACAUUCAUUAGAAUUUAUUUUUCUUCCUAUUACAUGGCGCAAGGGCUAUACAAACGGGACCGUCCUGGUUGUGAUACUGCCACGGUGAAUUUGGAUAUCCAAGCAGCAGCAGCGGCGGCAGAGUCCUCCUCCAUACACGGAAGAAGAAGAAGCAUCCUCCGCUGCGGCGGCGCCCACACCGACUCCUCGUCCUCCUCCUGCCGGCUCUAUGUCGAGUGAUGGUCGGCUUGCCUUGCUGGAUGCUCCCCGCUCUCUCCGGAUCGACGACGACCGAACCUCCUCUGACCGCAGACCCCCAUUUUCGGCGGAAACCUUCCCAGAGCUAUAGGGCUACAUAUGGAAACUGGGGACCAAAAUUUUAGGAAAAAGGAAAAUCUACGCCGUUAAUUAUUUUUUUUAGGUUUUUAUUUUAUUUUUUCUCGCUGUGUGUUUUUAAAGCCUGCUAAUUAAUUUAUUUAUUUGUUGAGCCUUGAUUUCCUCAUUCCGCCGUGUGUGUGAGAAGCCAGGGUGAUAUUUUCUUUUAACCCCACAAUAGGUCGUUAUAAAACACCCCGAGAAGCGCUUUGAUUUCCUCUCCACAGGACUUGAAUCCGUCCAUUUGUUUACUCUCUUUUGUUUGCACUAAUAUGAUAGAUUUCCCUGCUGCCCUUCGUUUCCCUUCCUACUUUAUUACCUCCUUGCUUUUCCCUCUUUUUGACUAACAAAACACAUUAGAAUAAAGACAUUAGCCUGAUAAUAAUCUUUAGGGUUUAAUUCUAAAUGUUAUAGCCUCUGACUGAAGUAACUCACUGUAACAGACAUAUUGAACUGUUGUACUGUAAGCCUGCCAUUACUCUAACACCCCCCCCCCCCCACUAUCUCUGUGCUCCAUUUGAGCUCAUGUUAAUUCAGCUCUGAGCUCAGCUGUAACCUUUACAAGUAAAGAAACAGGCUUUUCUUUUCUUUUGCAGGCCUGUUGAGAAAAAACCCUCACCUUGGUUUAUCUCACUUCCAUUUUUAGGCUUUAGGACACAAUUAAUCCUGUUAUUAUCCAUACAUCUGCAGCUGGGGGCCCGCUGAGGUUGUCACCCUCUGCUUACCUGAUUUCUUAUCUUUUUUGGGGAAAAUAAAAGUAAGAACAGAGAGGAGAGACCUCGCUGCCUCUUCCUCUCCCCCCCUUCCAAAACCUCCAUCCUUAGUUUUUCUCUUGUUGUGGUCCUCACCCAAACGCAACCAUAAGGUUCCUACCGCAUCCUCCUCCUCCUUCUUCCCUCUCCUUCCGCUCGAGUAUAUCCCGGUUUUUCGGUUUGGUUUGGUCCCGCAAAUUUUCAAAUAUUUACUUCCUGUACAUCAAGAGGAAAGGGGGUCCCCCUUUCAUGGAAUGCGGAAACAUGGGUCUGUUCGACCGCGGAGUCCAGAUGCUGCUGACCACGGUGGGAGCCUUCGCGGCCUUCAGCCUCAUGACCAUCGCGGUCGGCACGGACUACUGGCUGUACUCCCGCGGCGUCUGCAGGUCCAAGUCCAUGAACGAGAACGAGACCAGCAAGAAGAACGAGGAGGUGAUGACCCAUUCCGGCCUGUGGAGGACGUGCUGCUUGGAAGGAAACUUCAAAGGGAUGUGUAAACAGAUAGACCACUUUCCAGAGGAAACAGAUUACGAAGCAGACCCAUCUGAGUACUUCUUACGUGCGGUGCGAGCCUCCAGCAUCUUCCCCAUCCUCAGUGUCAUCCUGCUCUUCAUGGGAGGCCUGUGUAUAGCUGCCAGUGAGUUCUACAAGUCACGCCACAACAUCAUCCUCAGCGCAGGAAUCUUCUUUGUGUCUGCAGGCCUGAGCAACAUCAUCGGGAUCAUCGUGUACAUAUCAGCCAACGCGGGGGACCCUUCAAAAAGCGACUCGAAGAAGAACAGCUACUCUUAUGGCUGGUCCUUCUACUUCGGCGCCCUCUCCUUCAUCAUGGCUGAGAUGGUGGGCGUCUUGGCCGUGCACAUGUUCAUCGACCGCCAUCGACAGCUCCGGAUAGGGGCGCGCGCAGCCGACUACCUCCAAGGCUCGGCCAUAACACGGAUCCCCAGCUACCGCUACCGCUACAGACGUCGCUCGCGCUCCUCUUCCCGCUCCACGGACCCGUCACACUCCCGCGACACCUCGCCAGUGGGCCUCAAGGGCUUCAGCGCGCUGCCAUCUACGGAGAUUUCCAUGUACACGCUGCCCCGGGACACGCUCAAGUCCUCCGGCACGCCCACCGCCACCUACAACUCGGAGAGGGACCACAACUUCCUGCAAGUCCACAACUGCAUCCAGAAGGACCUGAAAGACUCGAGCCAGACCAACACAGCGAACCGCCGCACCACGCCGGUAUGAGGGAGUCGACACAGGCCAGGGCGGCCUGGCGGAGACCAGGAGACACCCUGUGGGUGCAGUACGCCCCAGGAGGAGAUGGAUUUCCAUGUUUAUAGACAUUUGUUCUUUUUGUUCAGCUGCAUGACUUUUCCAUUACCAUUGUUGAGAGCGUUUCAACAAGUCUUCUGUGUCCCUGGAUUGAAUGGCAGAACAGUGCGAAUCGGUCAGCGUGUCCCAAGAGAAUGAGAGCUGUCAUUCUUCUGUGCAGGGUUUGUUUAUGAGGUUUGGGGCACUGAAAGGGAGGGAGGGAGGGAGGGAGGGCAUUUAUGAGACAAAGAUUUCAUGAUUUCAUAGCCCUUUGGUUUGACAGUUUUGCCCCAUGAGUUCGGUUGGAGCGACAGGUCAAGCUCCCCCUUCAGCAAGCCGGCCGCUCAGAUAAACACCUCUUUUAUUUAUUGACUCAUUUGUUCAUUUUUUGCAUUAAAACUGUGAAUUGUUACAGUUUGGGAUUCAGUAAGAAUUAGCCCAAUCUGUAAUCUCUAACAAAGGUACUAUAUAUAUAUAUAUGUAUUACUUUUAUAAAUAAAUUAUUACGUUAAUAAUCAAGAGUUACAGACCGAAGCAAAAAAGAAAAAAAACAAGUUAACUAAACCAAGUGCUGUUGGAAAGAGGAGAAAAGACUCUUUGAAGGUUGAGAACAAGAGAAGGUGCUUUAGGUAGCAGCAGUACACAGCGGCAGACAGUAGAAUAAUAUCUAUUCUUUUAAUAGAACCUUCUCGUCUUUUUCUCAGUCCCUGUUCGCUUUCUUUUUUGGGGGGGUCGUAUACGGGAGAGCUGAACCCCUUUAACAGAAAGAGCCAACGAAAGGGGUCAAAGUUCACAAAGACUCCAAACACGACUUCUACAAAAUAAAAAAGGAAGGAGCAGAGGGGAAGGAAAAGAAGAGGACGCCAAACAAACACAAAAAUUAAAAAACAAGUUAAAUAUGAAAUAGUACAAGAGAAGCUAAGUGACUCACAAUUUCAGAAAUUAAAUGCAUGCUAUAAAAUUACAGCAAAUCUGCUCUUGAGAAACUUAAGUUUUAAAGGUUAAUAAUUAUAAGGGGAAAAAAAGCAAAGACGCUAAAGUAUUAAUGUUUUCAUGUGUAUUUUUCUUAUGUUUUCUUUUUUUAUUUAUUUAGUUAAUUUUAUCUUAUUGCUUCUGUGAGACAAACCAAACAAUCUACAUUGAACUAAACUGCUUUUUUAAAUGGUUUGGUUUUGAUUUCUUUAUAAAUAUAUAAAUAUAUGUAUGUAUGUAUGUAUUUUAUUUUCUGAAAACUCACACAGCCUUAGUCAUUUCUUUGUUUCUUUUGAUUUUUAAUGUGUUGUUCAAAUUGAAAAAUGAAAUCUUUAAAGGUGCCAAAACCGAAUGAUCCUAUACUUGGAUGCAUCAAGUCCUGAUGAAUAAAAUACGAACCCUAGGGGGAACAAA